GUUUUCCUUGUUUAAAUUAAACCCAUCUCUCUCUCCCUCUCCUUAGUUCUCAGUCAUCUUCUAAACAGAUCUCCAAAUGGAACUCCAAUUCCAACCACAGCAGAAACAGCAACAGCAUCAGCAUCAACAAGGAGAGCUUUCUGUCAGUAAAGGAAAUAAAAUCAAGGGGAAAGGGAAGACCAGUGGCAACAACAAGUUUGUUGGGGUAAGACAGAGGCCUUCUGGGAGAUGGGUAGCAGAGAUCAAGGACACAACACAAAAGAUUAGGAUGUGGCUUGGCACUUUCGAAACUGCAGAAGAAGCUGCUAGAGCUUAUGAUGAGGCUGCUUGUCUUCUUCGAGGAUCCAAUACUCGCACCAAUUUCAUCACCCAUGUCUCCUCCAAUUCUCCUCUCGCGUCGCGAAUUAGAAAUCUCCUUAAUCAUAAGAAAGGCCUAAAACAACAACCAGUUGAUACCUCCUACUACACCAAUACCAAUACCAACACCAACACCAAUACUAGCAUCAUCACAACUACACCUUGCACUAGCACAGUUAGUAUUACUAGUAUGAAUAGUAGCAGUAGCAGCAGUAGCAACAAUAGCUCUGUUUCUUAUGAAGAGAUACAAGGGGAGCAGAUGUCUAAUGAUGCAUAUAGACCAGAUUUGAGCAAUUGUAGCAAGGAAUUUGAUCUGGGUUCUUCACCAUCUGACCUCUCAUCCAUAUUUGGUCCAGCAUUUGAUAGGUAUCCAUAUACCCAAGGAGAAUUGGAGUUGUCCAGAAAUGUUGGGUUACCUGAGACCCUGGAAUCAAACAUUACAGACUUGGAAAGGAUGAAAGUAGAACAACAGAUAUCAGCUUCACUCUAUGCCAUGAAUGGAGUGCAUGAGUACUUGGAGACUGUUCAUGAUCCAACUGAUACUUUCUGGGAUCUCCCACCUCUCUGUCAGUUGUUCUGUUCAAUUUAAUGUUUGGUCAUUACUAUCAUUUUUAUCUCUUUCUUCCUCUUUCUGUCUUUUUAACUUCUCAAAGAGGAACUUGUUAUAGUGAAUGAUUUUUGUAGUGGAUGCAGAAGUUCCAAUGACAGAGGGAUUUGAA